CACCAACCUGCUUCCAGGGCCCGAGGGUAAAUAUGAUCCUACCGAGCAAAGAGUGGAUCGUUUCAUGAGCACCACGGAUGACGAUUGCGACUCCACGUGGUCGUCUUGGCCUUCUGUUCAAGAGGCGGCCGUUGCCAGGGGUACUGUGGUAGUGUUCAAUGUGUUUCCAUCUGUGGGCAACAUGUUCGUCAUUCUUCACAACAUCAUCAAGACCGCCCGUCUACUCGAAGUGGCGCUGCUUCUCAACUGGCAAAGGUUCGAAGGAUUUCGGGAGGCUUUCGACCCGGCUUCAAUCAAGUGGGACCUUGACCAGCCAACGCUUGUGCAACAGGCAGCACCGAGGAGUCAAGGUGCCGAAGCCGAACGUCUUUACCCUUUCACGUUCCCGGAUGGUCAGAUGGUACUUUCCCACUGGCAACUAGAAACCAUCGCACGAAAGGUGGGCCUCCCUGGCACAAGCGUGGAUGAAAUGGCCGCAGCACUCGAAGAGGGCUAUUCGAAGAUCGGCGGGCUGGGGCGUCUCUCCAGAGAAACUGUGCAAAAUGAACGCUUUUCGGUUCUACCAUGUGCCUGGAACAUGCUCCUAAGACGCAGCCCUGCCAUGAUGGCAAGCCUGGAGGCUCACAACCCGUGGAUGACGCAUGAGUUCAACCCUCGGCCGAAGAAAUACGUGGCGUGGCAUAUCAGGACUUCGCAUGGGGAGACCAACGGUUCGUUCACGCCACAUGUUCAUACGUACAUUUUCCACCGUCAGUCAUCAACUUCAGUGUUGCCGAUUUUCCUGUCUGCAACCGACGCCGCGGAGAGGAUGUGCCCGAGGUUCUUCGACCAAGACGUUCCAAUCACGCCAGUUUACAUAUCCUCCAACAGCAAAACCAUGGCGCGCAAUUGCACGGUGCUCGCUGCUACCCUCGCUGCUGAGCACAAGGUUGGGCCUGGGUUUGUUGACCUCGGUAUAGACGAUGUGGACGCCCACACGACAUUCAGCAAGAAUCCAAAAGCGACGGCUUUGAACGCGUUCAUCGACUACCUGUAUCUGAUGGACUCUUCCAUCAUUGUGCAAACCGGAUCGUCAUUUUCGUUUACCGUUGCAUCUAUCAAGGGCAUGAGCUGCCACGGAGUAGCAAAGCCUGAAGGAUUGCCUGUGAAAAACCUGAACGUCUGCUUGCCGGCUGACUGCUAAAUGUUCGCAGAGGGAACCCAACCGCUGAUUUCGUGCAUGUGGUCCCGUCUGCUUGCUGUGUGCAGUCGGCGUGUCCGAUGGGAAAUCGUGUUGUUUCUUGUUGAACCGUCACAGUACGCAACGGAGGUCUUGGGGUUUCGUUUUGUCCAUCCAUCUGUCUGUGUGCGUAUGGAGGGUUACUCAAUGUUGGGGUGAAUAGCUUGAGGUAGCAUAGGGUCGGGCUAACCGCUUCUUAGACUCGACGGCCAACGCUCGAUUAAUACGUAAGACAUCCUGCUAAUAACACGAAGGUGUUGUUGGCGCCAUGCCCAAUGCGGCUGGACGAGCAAGGCGUACACAGCAGUGUUCAGGCACGAAAAUGUUGAGGGCCUAAAAAAAAACACUAGGUACGUGAGUGCUGGGGUUAACUCUCACGUGAAUACACCCACAAAUGAAACCCGUUCCCAGCUCCGAUCACCGUGCGUGCCCGACGAUCGCCAGUGUGCCUCGCUCAUUAGAAUUCUUAAGCCCCAAGGCCUCGGCUUUCUGUUCGGAAAAUUCUCGGACCUUUAGAUUAUUCGAUGUAGGCCCCACCAAAACGUGACGCCGCUAAAAAGUGGCCCCACUCUUCGCUUCACUUGGUUUAGAUCAUUAGGCGAUCUCCCGUCUCU